AAGCUGUAACAAAACCACUGCCACUUCAAAAUCCUUCCACUUAGUGUGCAAGGAGCAAAAAGCCAACACAAACAACAUGACUGACUAUGAGGUUGCAACUGCCUUUCUCGGGGAAUGGGGACAUUUCCAGCAGCAGGUGUUUUUCCUACUCUGUCUCACCGUCAUCCCUAACGGUUUCACCGGCAUGUUCAUCGUCUUCGUCGCCGACACUCCGCCCCACCGCUGCGUCAUUCCCGCAAACGUGAACCUGACGGCGGCGUGGAGGAACCGCAGCAUCCCGCUGGAGCUGGACAGCAACAGCGGCGCGUUGGUGCCCAGCAAGUGCUCCAGAUACAGGCUGGGAGAUGUGCUGAGUUUCUCGGACAGAGGCUUUCUGCCCGGGGUCGAUGUUAACAUGUCUAAUGUGCCGACUGAGAGCUGCUUGGAUGGGUGGGAGUAUGACCAAAGCGUGUACAUUUCUACCAUCAUAACGGAGUGGGACCUGGUGUGUGACGACAGGUGGAAGAACCCGCUAACUUCUUCCAUCUUCUUCUGUGGUGUUCUCACUGGCUCCUUCGUUUCGGGGCAGCUCUCUGACAGGUAUGGGAGAAAAAUAGUGUUGUUUGUUACCAUGGCAGUCCAGACAGUGUUCACAUUCAUCAUGGUCUUCGCUCCAUCCUGGCCCGUGUUCUGUGCCCUGUUCUUUAUUGUCGGGAUGGCAACAAUCUCUAAUUAUGUGGCUGCGUUUGUGCUAGGGACAGAGAUAUUGAGCCCAAAAGUUCGGACAAUUUAUUCCACCGCAGGUGUGAGUCUUUUCUUUGCUGCAGGCUACAUGUUCCUGCCACUGUUAGCCUACUUUUUGAGAGACUGGAGGAUGCUUCUCCUAGGCCUCACCCUGCCUGGCUUCCUCUAUGUGCCUCUCUGGUGGUUCAUCCCAGAGUCUCCUCGCUGGCUGCUGUCUCGGGGCAGAGUGGAGGAGGCAGAGGCCAUAGUGAGAGAUGCUGCUAAAAAGAACAAAAUCAAGCCUCCGCCGGUCAUCUUUAGUCCUUUGCAGAAAGAACUUCAAUGCGAGAGUAAGGCCCUCAACAUCUGUGACCUGCUCCGUUCCCCAAACAUCCGCUGGAUCUCCCUCACGCUGUGGCUGGUCUGGAACACCUUGACCAUUGCUUACUUUGCUCUUUCCCUAAACACGGCAAACCUUCACGGUAACGCUUACUUCAACUGUUUCGUGUCGGCUUUGGUUGAGAUACCAGCCUACACUUUGUCUUGGGUAAUGUUUCGCUGGUGGUCCAGACGACUGAGUCUCUCAUCAACCCUCUUCAUGGGAGGAUUGUUUCUACUCUCCGUACAGCUCAUGCCAGCAAACCUGGUUUAUCUCUCCAUAACACUGGAGAUGAUGGGGAAGUGUGCGGUGACGACAGCAUUUGCUAUUGUGUACGCAUACACAGCUGAACUCUACCCAACAGUGUUGAGGAAUACGGCCUUGGGGGCCUGCUCCAUGGCCUCCAGAAUAGGCAGCAUCAUUGCCCCAUACUUCAUUUACUUAAGAAGCUAUUCCGUUUCACUGCCUUACAUCCUUAUGGGAAGCAUUACAGUUGCUUCCGGGUUGCUGAGCCUCCUGCUGCCCGAGAGCUAUGGAAUGCCUCUGCCUGACACCAUCAGUCACAUGCAACACUUCCCCGGAUGUUGUAAGAAGAAACCCUAUAAACUCACAAACACUGAAGAAAAGGAAAAGGUUGCAGAAGGGAAGUCUCCAGUUUUCCCUUGAACAAGGAGCCUCACUGUUAUCUGCCUGAAGCAAAAACUGGAUAACCAUCUUAUCUCCUUCCACUUAUAAUACCUGAGAAUAAUAAUCAUUUAUGUCACUAGAUUAGUGAAAGCAUUUGACUUCAACUGCACCAUGGAGUUUGACAGUUAUUCAAACAACACAAUUGUGUUGUUUUUUUAGAAUUAGCACCAAACACUCAUGUUGCAAAGCACAUCCAUGUUAAUAUGUUGUAUACUGUAUAUCUAUGUGAUUUGUGAUAACAUUCAUAAAGUGCAUGUACAAAUACUCAAAUGUAUUGGUCGAGCUUUAAUUGCUUCAAAGUUACUCCUCACAAAAAAUGUAAUUAAAUCGAUUUAUACAGAUUGCAAUUACCAGAAGGUAAUGUUGAUUAGGAACAACAGUAACCGGUAUGCAUUGUAUACAAUUAAUAGUACAAUGUUUAUAUAAGCAAUUUUUAAGACAAUCAAGCGACUUUCGUCAAGACGGCAAGUUAUGAAUGUUGUUUUCUUGUUAUGCACGGGCACUUCAAGCUGUUGGGAUAAAAUGCAAAUAAAGAAACCAUUAUUUGGUUGUCAGCAAAAAGGAAAUAUUUGAAUAUUGUUUAAUUUCUACAAAUUGUAUUUUUAACCUCAUAAACAUGUACGUAAACUAUAAAAAGUCGUCAUGUGGA